AUGAGCGAAUCUCAGGUCACCCUCCGAACCCGCAAGUUCAUCCGGAACCCACUGCUCGGCCGCAAGCAGAUGGUCGUUGAUGUCCUCCACCCCAACCGCCCCAAUGUCUCCAAGGACGAACUCCGCGGCAAGCUCUCCGAACUCUACAAGGCCUCCAAGGACCAGGUCUCCUGCUUCGGCUUCCGCACGCAGUACGGUGGCGGCAAGAGCACCGGCUUCGCGCUCAUCUACGACUCGGCUGAGGCGAUGAAGAACUUCGAGCCCCACUACAGGCUGGUGAGAUACGGGCAGGCGACCAAGAUUGAGAAGGCAAGCCGGCAGCAGCGCAAGCAGAGGAAGAACCGUGCCAAGGAGACUCGGGGUACGGCGAAGAACAAGAAGUCGGACAAGAAGAAAUAA